AUGGACCAGCCGUCUCCAACCUACAUGCUUGCCAACCUAACCCACUUGCAUUCCGAGCAGCUUCUGCAGGGCUUGAACCUCCUUCGGCAGCAUCGCGAGCUCUGUGACAUUAUCCUGAGAGUUGGCGAUGUCAAGAUCCACGCCCACAAAGUGGUGCUCGCCAGCAUCAGCCCCUACUUCAAAGCCAUGUUCACGGGGAACCUCUCCGAGAAGGAGAACUCGGAGGUGGAGUUCCAGUGCGUGGACGAGGCGGCGCUGCAGGCCAUAGUGGAGUACGCCUACACGGGCACCGUGUUCAUCUCGCAGGACACCGUGGAGUCCCUGCUGCCRGCUGCCAACCUGCUGCAGGUGAAGCUGGUGGUGAAGGAGUGCUGCGCCUUCCUCGAGAGCCAGCUCGACCCCGGCAAUUGCAUCGGGAUUUCUCGCUUUGCCGAGACCUAUGGCUGCCACGACCUCUACCUGGCUGCCAACAAGUACAUUUGUCAGAACUUUGAAGAUGUGUGUCAGACUGAAGAAUUUUUCGAGCUCACGCACUCUGAAUUGGAUGAAAUUGUUUCCAAUGACUGCUUGAAUGUCGUGACAGAAGAGACGGUUUUCUACGCGCUGGAGUCCUGGAUCAAGUACGACGUGCAGGAGCGGCAGAAGCACCUGGCGCAGCUGCUGCACUGCGUCCGCUUGCCACUGCUCAGCGUCAAGUUUCUCACGAGGCUGUACGAGGCCAACCAUCUCAUUCGAGACGACCACACCUGCAAGCACCUGCUGAACGAGGCCCUGAAGUACCACUUCAUGCCUGAGCACAGGCUCUCCCACCAGACCAUGCUGAUGACGAGACCUCGCUGUGCCCCAAAAGUGCUCUGCGCCGUAGGAGGAAAAGCUGGACUGUUUGCUUGUUUGGAAAGCGUUGAGAUGUAUUUUCCCCAGAAUGACUCCUGGAUUGGCCUGGCACCUCUUAGCAUCCCCCGCUACGAGUUUGGAAUAUGUGUCCUAGACCAGAAGAUCUACGUUAUAGGAGGGAUUGCCACCCACGUGUGUCAAGGCAUCAGCUACCGMAAGCAUGAGAACUCGGUGGAGUGUUGGGACCCUGACACAAACACGUGGACGUCUCUGGAGAGGAUGUUUGAGAGCCGGAGUACUCUGGGAGUGGUGGUCCUGGCAGGAGAGCUCUAUGCCCUAGGGGGCUACGACGGGCAGUCCUACCUACGGACUGUGGAGAAAUACAUCCCCAAAGUGAAGGAGUGGCAGCUGGUGGCCCCCAUGAACAAAACCCGAAGUUGUUUUGCUGCAGCUGUCCUGGACGGAAUGAUCUAUGCCAUUGGUGGCUAUGGCCCUGCCCACAUGAACAGCAUGGAACGCUAUGAUCCGAGUAAAAACUCGUGGGAGACAGUAGCAUCAAUGGCUGAUAAACGGAUAAACUUYGGCGUGGGUGUCAUGCUGGGCUUCAUCUUCGUCGUGGGUGGACACAAUGGAGUGUCUCACUUGUCGAGCAUCGAGAGAUACGAUCCCCACCAAAACCAGUGGACUGUGUGCAGGCCCAUGAAGGAACCCAGGACAGGAGUGGGUGCAGCUGUAAUUGAUAACUACCUUUAUGUAGUUGGAGGACAUUCGGGCUCCUCCUACCUGAACACUGUACAGAAAUACGACCCCAUCUCGGAUUCCUGGCUGGACUCUGCUGGCAUGAUGUACUGUCGGUGCAAUUUUGGUUUGACUGCACUUUGAAAAAUAGGAAUUUAUGGACCUGAUGCAAGGAAGGAAAUGAAUCUGCUCGGAAAGACACCUUGCUCGUGAAGACCAUAAGCUGCAUUUUCUGGAGGAAAAAUGUGGUGAAGUUAUGACUGAAAUGAGGAAGGAUUUGCUUUCUUCCAGUGACUGGCCUUGGUUAUUUCAGAGUGAAAGAUUUAUUGCCAGCUGGGUUUAGAGAGCAUCCUGCUCACAGCAGAGCAGUUCAGUGAGUACUGUACAUGCCUGGGUUAUGGUUAGAAACUUUCUCUCUAACCCGUUCACUUUCUAGAGCUUUUCUCUUCCUCCUGCCUACUCUGAAACAAGAAGUUUACUGUGCUCGGGGUGCGAGGCGUGCGAGUGCGUCGUGUGGCUGGACCGUUUGCUCAUAGCUCUCUGGCUGUGUCCUCAUGUUCAGAAAAUGCCAGUGCUUCAUAUUUUUUUUAUGAACAGUAACUAAAGGGCUGCCUUGUUUCUGUAUCUCAAGGUUUGUAAAUAGUAGAUGCCAUAGUGCGUUGCCUGUACAUUCCUCUGUUACCCUCUUACCAGUAUGGGGGCUGGGAUGAUAAUUGGUAACUACUUAAAGAAAUGAAUUUACAAGACAAAUUUAUUGCCUCUUAGGAAAUUUUUGGACCUGAUAAAGAUAGAUCACAUUUUUAACUUUCCCUUCUAUUUUUUUGUGGAUAAAUAAGAAGUAGAUCAAAUUACCUACUCUUGCUAGACUGCUGUGUCUUUAAUUGUAACACAAAGAACAAUUACUGCAUUAAGACAUCAGAAAGGAUCACAGCAGCCUGCGGAGCACGGUGUGAAAUAGUGCAGAAGGGCCCCGUCCCCUGCGUGCACCCAGCACAAGGGUGCCGCCUUCCGUACGACUUCCCCUUUGAACAGAAUGUACGAUUGCUUUUUUGAGUGUUCGGAUUAAAAAUGGUGCUAAAUGUAGGACUUGAGCGAGAAGGCUGUUACUGACGUAGUGCAGUUUGCGUUCAGCAUGAUCCUUUUGAUCGUUCUGGUGUUCCUGUUCUAGUCUGCUUGAUCCAUUGUGCCUAUGAAAACUCUCCAGACGAACA